CUGUCAAUGAUGCUCAGUCGAAGCCCCUCGCUUUCUUAAAACCAACACGAGCUCACGCCAAAGCCGUCUUUCCUCCCCAUUCAUCACUAAACAACAUCCCGGAGCUGUCCCGUGCGUAAAGAACGUGCGCACCGGGAGAAACAGUUGAUGGGUCAGGAGAAGUGACGAGGGAAAACACUGGGCGGAUUACCAGGAUUGGAUGGCACAAGUGAUGCAAUCCCUGCAUCCUCCGAACCCCCAACUGGAUCGCGGAUAACCUGGCCGGAGAUUUUGCCUCACCGACAAUUGUACCGUCACCGAGCGAGCAGCACUCUUUUAACAAGUGCCUCUUCAUUAGGGUCGUGUUUGUCUCCACGCCCGUGGAAUAACAUCUAAACAUCAUCAACAUCAAUGGAAGGAGAGCCUGAUGCCAAUUGUUGAACGAGCUUUCCGGUGAUUGCAAGUGUGAAGCACGACCUUUGCUUUGAGGUGCACCCUGGAGAAUUGCGUAUAUCGACUCGUUUUCGCGUCUCAUUUUUUUAACUGAAACACACGGCUGCAUCCUAGGUAUUGGACAGUUUAUCGGUUUCCCAUUCUUCUUGGAUAUUUUUUCCUGGUGCAAAACCUCCGGAGGGAUAAUUCACCGUCGCAUCCCUUUUAAUCUUCACCAUGAAUUACCUGCGACGUCGACUAUCGGACAGUAAUUUCAUGUCCAACUUGCCCAAUGGCUACAUGGGCGAUCUCCAGCGGCCCGAUCCGCCGCAGCAGAGCCCAGCCCCGGUGCUCUCGCCGGGCUCUCAGGAGAGGCGUCAACCCGCCCCCAGCCAGUCCACCGGCGCCGGCUUCUUCUCCUCCAUUUCCAACGCCGUCAAACAGACCACCGCCGCGGCCGCCGCCACCUUCAACGAGGCCACCGAGAGAGGCAUCGGCUCCGGCAGUGCUAAGAUCCUCCUGGUCAUUGACGACCAGCAGACCGACUGGGCAAAGGUGUUCAAAGGCAAGAAGGUUCAUGGUGAAUUUGACAUCAAAGUAGAACAGGCUGAUUUUUCUGAGGUGAAUCUGGUGGCUCACGCAACAGGAAGCUAUAGUGUGGAUAUUGAAGCCAUCCGGGGUGGCAACAAAAUCACAAAGUGUAUCAAGCCAGAUUUUGUGCUGGUGCGACAGCAUGCGUUCAGUAUGGCUAAGAACGGCGACCACAGGAACAUUGUGAUUGGACUUCAGUAUGCUGGUCUGCCAAGUGUCAACUCCCUUCACUCAGUCUACAACUUCUGUGACAAACCAUGGGUGUUCUCUCAGUUGUCCAGAUUGUACAAGCAGUUGGGUCCAGAGGAGUUCCCACUGAUCGACCAGGUUUAUUACCCCAACCACAAGGAGAUGAUCACUACACCUGGCUUUCCUGUGGUGGUGAAGAUGGGUCAUGCUCAUUCUGGGAUGGGAAAGGUCAAAGUGGACAAUCAGUAUGACUUUCAAGACAUUGCUAGUGUCGUGGCUUUGACAAAGACGUAUGCCACAUCUGAGCCUUUUAUUGAUGCCAAAUAUGACAUCCGAAUCCAGAAAAUUGGCGACAAUUACAAGGCCUACAUGAGGACAUCCAUAUCUGGCAACUGGAAGACCAACACAGGAUCAGCCAUGCUGGAGCAGGUGGCCAUGUCUGACAGGUAUCGCAUGUGGGUGGAUGUGUGCUCAGAGGUCUUUGGGGGUCUUGAUAUAUGCGCCGUUGAAGCACUGCAUGGUAAAGACGGUCGAGAUUACAUCAUAGAGGUGGUGGGCUGCUCAAUGCCUCUGAUUGGAGACCAGCAGGAUGAGGACCGGGCUCUCAUGGCUGACCUUGUUGUGGCUAAAAUGAAUGAGACUGUGCCACGCACUUCAGCUCCCGCUCCAGUCCGUUCUCAGGGCCCAGCUGUUUCUCCUCAGCCCAUCUCUCAGUCUAGAGUCCCACAGGCACAACAGCGCCCUCCUCCACAGGGAGGCCCUCAACAAGCCGCUGCUAGCACUGCUGCUGCCCGUCAAGGAGCACCGCCACAGCAGCGGCCCUCUCCUCAAGGUCAGCCUCCUGCUCAAACCCAAUCUGUGACCAGCCCUAAUGCGCAGAACCCCCCUGCUCAACAACCCCGGCCCAAUCAACCACCCCAGCGACAGGCCAGUCAAGGGUCAGCAGCUCCGCAGAGGCCUCCUGCAGUACAGAUACCUGCUCAGCGUGGCUCUCCUCAGUCACAGAGGCAAGGUGGGCCCCAGCAAGGCGGCCCUCAAACUGGUGGCCAGAGUCCCAAACCAGCCGGUCAGCCUCAACAGAGGCCUCAGCAGCCAAGACAAGGUCAGCCAACCAGGCAGCCUACCCAGGGUGGCCCACAGCCAACCCAGGACGCCCCACAGCCAGCCCCACAGGGCAGUCCUCGUCCUCCUACCACACAACAGCCACGGCCUACUGCACCGGGACAGGGGGGCCCAGGAGGCACACGCCCUCCCUUGCAGCAGAAACCCCAACCUCCACAGAAACCCAGUCCUGAUCACCCUGCCUUGAGUGGAUCGCCGCAGCUUAACAAAUCCCAGUCUCUUACCAAUACAUUCAACAUUCCAGAAACGCCGGCCGCCCAGCACCAAAGUCCUAGUCAGGACGAAGCCAAGGCUGAGACCAUCCGCAACCUUCGGAAAUCCUUUGCAAGCCUCUUCUCCGUGGAAUAAACACACACAUGAACACACAAACACACAUACACAGAGAGUCUUUCCGACAAAAAAAACACACAAAUAUAUUAACAAAUACACAAAGAAAGGACCAAUCGCACAUUGCGGUGCAUGUCAAUUUGCAAUGCAACACUGAUCAAACACUGCCUGCACUGCUAAAGAUUGCAAUAUGAGGUGAGAUAUCACAACAUUAUUGCAAUGAAAUCUUUUAAGACGACUUAAUUCUGUAGACACAUUCCCAGUUUUGGAGUCCAACUCAUAGAGGGAGGUGUGAAAAUAAAAUAACACACACUGAACACACUCGCACGCACACUUUUACACUACCUACACAGUGACUGGACACGUGCUAAUACUUGCCUAUCCAUUCCGGUCUCCUAUGAUUAACUUGCUGGUAAUCUUAGAUUCUUUUUGCAAAUGAAACGUUUUUGGUGGACAUUUUGUUGUAGAAUCAUCCACCGCCACGCUUUCUCAGAUAUAUAAGAUAUCUGAAAUAUGUCUGCUAAUUGUUCAGAAGCAUGUUCUGUUACAACAAGGGGCACCAUCUAAUGAGUUUACUCGCUGUGCGCCACAUUGUAACGCAAACAGUUUAUCGUACCCGCUUAAGAUUUGGAUUUUUGCAAUGAUUGUGAACCACCGUAUGAAAUUUUGCAUAAGCUUCCAUCAUCAAAAAUGAACCCCCGCGGCUGUUAGCGCUACUUUGAAACUGCAUGUCACUUAAGGAGAACGUAGUCGCACAAUGUGGGUGGUCUUGCUUUGUGUCGUGUCGUUGCGCCUAGAUAAGGUAGUUGUAGUAAAAAACGUUGUUUCAUUUUCGUGAGCAAACUGUCGCUGCUUCCCCGACGUCCCUUUUCCUGACUAAAUACACACCCUUUGACGUGUUUAACAUGCCUUAGCCAGACAGGCAAACAUAAAGAGAUUGGUUUUGUGCAAUCGCAUAUGUCUCAGGGAUGUCCUGAAGAGAACGACGCAAUUGUUUAGGCGUCAUUGAUCAGGUCUUCCAACCCAUUACUGAAGAGUGUCACCGCCUGCGAAAGCCAGUAACGGGAGGAAUCUGUCGAAUGUAUUCGUUUGCUACAUAAACAUGUUUGCACACUAAUACUGGAACACUUGAGAACAUAUGAGAUGGGUGAACAGCUCAGGAAGGUUUGUUGCAUUAAGAGAAGGUCUAUUUUGCAUGCCUGGAUGAGCAUGUAGGGGUUUGGAGCUGCUUGUCCAUUGCGCUUGGGGCCCUAUGAAAACGCAAAGCCAAACUACAAAGCCAAGGAUGCAAACCUCUUCAUAAAAUGAUCAUCUUUUGAUGAAAAGAUGCUCGUCUUGUGUUGGGUUUUAGACUAAACCGCAGCUAGUAGUGCGAUCGUAGUUACACAAUGUGGUACACACUCCUGAAACUUUUCGCCAUACCCAAGGAGUUUAGAGCUCAGUCGGCGGUGUCUUCCACAAAGUGAGGAUGAAACGUCCCAACACUGGUGUGUUUUAGGCAAUAUAUUUAGUCAAGGUCAUUCCAGGAGUCCCGACCCAUCCCGAAACCUGCCCUGCUUCCCGCUCACCAGCCUGUUGUGUAUUCACAGUGAUCCUUUUGUGACAAAUGGUGCGUUAAUGUGUAUAUAUAUAUAUGUAUAAUGUAAUGUUGUACCGUAAUCUGUCUAAACCAAAUAGAAGUGUUGUACAGAUCUUAACUCAACAAACGAUGCAAACGUCCUGUAUUUGAUUUUACUCCCAAAAAGGUGAUUGUUGUGGGUCUUGUGUGACUGGAUUUUCCUCAAUCAGAUAAGAAUUAGGUUGUGCAGUAUCUCCACUGUAAACUAAACCUAACAGGUACGUGUUCUUUACUUUAUUCAUUUUGUGUCAAUUGCAGUUGUCAAUCUUCAGUGUGUCCAUUGAUAUGAUUGUAAGUGGCUUGAUUGGUUCACAUAUGUGGUAAUGUAGAUGGUCCACCAUGAUUUUAUUGUGGCUCAGGCAAACUUUCAGUGCUCUUCUAUGUGGUUUAUGUUUUUUAGUAUAAUAUGUAUGUUAAAUGAUGGCUUUAAUGAAUGUCUAACGAAUAACUGUUUCACUGAUCCAAUCAAGUUUGGAGGCAAAUGAAAUGUGGGUGAUUUUAUCUGAAUGUUGCAGUACCUGCGGGGAACCCAUGCCUGAGGUUUGUAGUUCAUACUUUGAUUUUUUUGUGGCAUUUACAUUUGUGUACUUUUUUUAUACAGUAUAUACAAAGGAAUUGUGUCCUUUUAAAGAAAAUGUGUUGAAAUGAGUUAUAAUUUCUAAAUAGGUUUAUCCUGUUCUGACUGUUUGAAACUCAGUGAAUUUUAUUGUCUGUUUCAUGCCUGCCAGUUGUAUAAAGAAAGGAAGAUGUAAAAUGAAAUCACAGAUAUAUAAAUAUAUAGAGAGAAUAAGUCUUAAAUCCUACGAAAAUGAGAAAUAUUGUUAAACAUUGUGUAGUAUUACACAAACAGAUGCAACUUUGAUGUGAUCUUCAAUGUAGCUUAAUAAUGGUGUCAAAUUACUAUGCUAAAAUGUGCACAUAAUCAAUAAAGUCUAUCAAAUAAA